GCUUUGAUCAAUUUUAGCAGAUGGCAAGCUUCAAUUAUCUAUCAGAAGAACUUAUUAUGGAGAUAUUGUCGUGGUUACCAGCAGACUCCUUGGUUCGAUUCAAGUGCCUUAGUAAAUCAUGGCAUUCACCUAUCGGACACGAUUGGUUUAUCACCAAACAACUUCACAACCAUGUUCGUUCUGCCUCCGACGACAACCUUUGCAUACUUCUCCGAUACCGCAUCUGCUCCGACCAACAUGAUCACGAGGAAGGUGAAAACGUUUUAUCAUUGCUUACAUACAAUGACAAGAUGAUGCUCUCUACUUCUAAAGGAGGUGAUUCUCCUUAUAUUGUCAAGCCUGUGACCUUUUCCUUAUACAAGGAUCACCAAUAUGCUGAAAGUUGGGGCAGUUGUGAUGGCAUUGUCUUCUUCUUCGACUCUUCCUAUAUGCGUGAUACCAUCGUUAUAGCUAACCCCGUAAUAGGAGAAUACAGAAUUCUUCCAGAGUCUUGCAUUUGUCUUCCUCUUUCUUCUCUAUAUCAUGAUGAUGAUGAUGAUGAUGGUGACUAUUUAGCGCGUGUCGUGGAUGCCGUGGGACUUGGCUAUGAUCUUAAAUCUAAUGAUUAUAAAAUUUUAAGAGUGUGGGAGAUAGAAAGUUAUAAUGAUUCACGCCUACGAUUUCCUCAAAGAGCUGAGAUCGAAAAUGAUUCAGUUAGUAGCGCCUUGGAGUUAUUUUCAAAUGAAAAGACUGCCAACAGAAAAAUCCUUGACAUGAAGCAACAAGAAGAAGAAGAAGAUGAUGAUGAUGAUGAUAGCAGUGAUGAAGAGGUUGAAAUUUCCUUAUUUUCUGCAGUUCAGCUUGCAAGCAGGCUCGAACAGCAAGACAACCAUUACCCAUGGAAGGGUGGAGAACUUCUCACUUUGGUUUGGUUGUUGAUGAAUCAUUUGGGUCUUGGAACUGAAUACUACAAGACAUUGAUUCGUUGGAUCCAAUCGUCUCAGAAAAGAGAAUCAGCUUCAGACGCGUCAGAGGAUGAUUAUGGAGCGUGACCCAACACGAUGGUUCGUGUAUUUUGGCUGUCAUCUUUCAAUUUAGUACUCUGGAAUAAAAUGGGUUCUUUAUUUCAAUGUAAGAAUUUGUUUGUAAAUUGAAAUACUUCAUUAAGUGAUUUGAUUAUUUAUGCGAUUAAAAGUUUUAAACUUUGGCUUGAAUAUACGAUAACUUUAGUA